AAUUAUUAACCAAGAUGGCUGAUUCAGCUUUGCUUUCUCUCAGAAACUUCCAUCAUCUACUCCAGCGUUUCUCUGCAUCUCCUCUCUCCGCCAAAGCAAACUCUGAACUUCUGAAGCAGUUUUGUGGAGACGAUAAGGAGCGACGGUGAAUCGCGGGGAGGCGGAUCGGUCCAGGAUUGUGAAAGUUUUUAUCUCUCAGCAGGAAUGCAGUGGCAGGUCUGGACCUGAACUUCCGCGUUAAGCAGGAAGAAACAGUCAGAGAGCCCAAAUGCAAGCCGCAUCAGCACACCCAGAUCUGCCUGCAUGUGGCCGUCACCUUAGGCUUUUUUCUUAGCUGAGCGAGAUUUCAGCGUGGAUCUAAUGUCCAUGUGGCUUUUAUUUUGAAAUAAACUGGUGAAUUGAGGAUUAUUACAACUGAAGAGAUGGAUGAUAUUGACGCUAUGUUCAGCGACCUGCUGGGGGAGAUGGACCUCCUCACUCAGAGUCUUGGACAGGAAAUCGAACCUCCUGAACCGCACCCCAGCACUAGCCACCAAAUCGACUUCUCUGUCGGUUUUACUGGCCUGAACGCGUCCCUACAUGACCUGGAGGACAAUGACUUGGACGCCCUGAUGGCCGACCUGGUGGCCGACCUCAGUGAGACAGAAAAGAAACUGGAAGCAGAAAUACAAGGUCUGAAAGCGCCACCAUCGUCUUCAUCAGACCUGCCGCCACCGCCCAAAGGCCUGGGCCUCCAGCCUGCCUCCUCCAUUACAUCACCACCAUCUCCAGGAAAUAACAGAAGCAGCAGUGUCACCACCACAUCUUCUUCCACCACCUCACCCCUGCCGCCUCCCCCUCUGCAGUCAUCAAAACCCACAAUGGAAGAAAUUGAAGCUCAGAUGAAGGCAGAUAAAAUCAAGCUUGCCUUGGAGAAGCUAAAGGAAGCCAAAGUGAAAAAGCUGGUGGUGAAGGUGCUCAUGAACGAUGGCAGCUCCAAGAAUCUAAUGGUUGAUGAGAGGCAAACCGUGAGAGAGGUUCUGGACAACUUGUUUGAGAAGACUCACUGUGAUUGCAACGUAGACUGGAGUCUGUGUGAAACCAACCACGAGCUGCAGCUUGAACGGACAUUUGAGGACCAUGAGAACCUGGUGGAGCCCCUCCUUGCCUGGACAAGGGACAGUGAAAACAAAGUCCUUUUCCAGGAGAGAAAAGAUAAAUUUGAGGUUUUCAAAAACCCACAGAACUUUUAUCUUUGGAAAAGGGAUAAGAAAACUCUCAAAGACAUGAAAGACAAAGACAAGGAAUUGUUGGUGCAGGAGAACUUCUGUGGAACGUCAAUCAUCGUGCCCGACCUGGAAGGCGUUCUGUACCUCAAAGAAGACGGAAAAAAGUCGUGGAAGCAGCGACUCUUUCAGCUCCGAGCCUCAGGAAUUUAUUACGUUCCCAAAGGAAAAACCAAGUCGUCCCGCGAUCUGAUCUGCUUCGUCCAGUUCGACAACGUAAACGUUUACUACGGCAAAGACGUCAAGAACAGAUACAAGGCCCCGACUGACUUCUGCUUCGUGCUAAAGCAUCCUCAGAUCCAGAAAGAGUCUCAGUACAUCAAAUAUCUUUGCUGUGACGACCCUUGGACCAUGAACCUCUGGGUGACCGGGAUACGGAUCGCUAAGUAUGGAGUGUCGCUGCAUGAAAACUUCAAAACGGCAGAGAGGAAGGCCGCUGUCAGCGCUGCCAUGUGGACAAACCGCAGCACUCCGUCCAGCUCCAGCCCUUCAACGCCGUCACCAACCAUCAAAGCCAAAGCAGCAACUCAGGCCAACGGCUACGCCCCCAAACAGCAGCCUGGACCGACGCACCAGGGCAUCGGUAAUCUCCCUGCUCCUCCCCCUCUGAACGAGAUUCUUCCUCCUCCUCCUCCCGACCCCGUCCUUCCUCCUCCACCCCCGUCGCUGGCCUCCAAGCCUCCACCCAGCAAGUUCUCCCCACCUCCACUUUCCAUGGACAGCCUCCCUCCUCCGCCGCCGCCUCCACCCAUUGACAACUUCUCAGAAGAUCCUCCAGACUUCCUUCCUCCUCCUCCUCCUCCUACCAGCUACAGCUCACUUCCUCCUCCUCCUCCUACCAGCUACAACUCACUUCCUCCUCCUCCUCCUCCGGCUCCGGCGGCUAAUUUUGGUAGAAACAUAAACAAAUCUCUUCCCCCUCCGCCUCCAAAUCCAGAGUUUCUACCUCCGCCUCCACCUGAUCCAGUGUUCGUAGCAUCAGGUGCGCCUCCCCCACCUCCACCUCCACCUCCUCCUGCUCCUGCUCCUGUUUCCACUCCGCGAUCUGCUUCACAGCUGAGAAAGAUGCCUCCAGCUCCUCCAAAGAGGACAACACCAUCGCUUCCGGCGCCGGCAGCAGGGGGGGACUUCAUGUCAGAACUAAUGACAGCCAUGAGGAAGCGUACUGAUCAGUAGCUCCAGAGGGAACAAAUACAAAACAAAUAAUUUUACUCCAGAUGAUUACAAUAGAGAUUAAUACUAGGUAUACAAACAAUUCAUUAAUUGUCAAUUAGAUUAAAAUUAGGUCUAAUAGAUUCACUAAUAAUGUCUUCUUAGAUAUUCAGUUAGUGUUGUAGUUUGGCCGCCAUCCAGCAGAGGGCGCCGUUUAUCACCAUCCAUGCAGAAUUAAACAUGGCGGCCAUUUUAGAAGGGGGAAGAGAAACGGUCCAAAGUCCGUUGUUGGAUCUUAAAACCGGUUUAAUGAUUAAAUGCACUUUAUGCAGUUCUGUUUUGAAAUAUAAACCGAUUAUAACAGAUAUAAGAAAACAGGAACUUAGGAGGUUCCCGUUUUGUUGUAUUUUAUAAAUAAGUUUAAUAAUGCGAGAAACCCGCAUUAUCUGCUUAUUCUGUCAGUAUUUAAGACAACUGACACAAAAUGUUCAAAUUAAUUUAAAUAAGUCAGUGUAUCAUGAAAGAUUUAGCCCUUUAUAGUAUAGAAAAAUGCUAAGCCCAUUUUAUUCAAGAGAAAACUCAUCAAUUAAUCAGCUGAUAAGAUUAAUACGGUUUCAUAUAACAAUAAAGCUUUACAGAUACUUUUAUGUAAAGAAAUGUGUAUAUAUUUGCUUUGACUGUAAAUACUGCAGAAAGACAUUCCUUCGGUCUGUUCAGAGGUUUUAUUGUUACAGCCAUGGCUAAGAAUUUUGGCCCAAGUGUGUUUUACAAAUAUUGAAAUGUUAGUUUUGUGUGUUGACAUUUCACUGCAUGUAAUCGAUCACUGUUAAAGCUGUAUUAAAUUAAAAUUUGAUAACAAAAAAGCAUUUUCCACUGUGUUUUUCCAUAAAAUUGUAAAAUGUUGAGAGAAAAUAUGUGGGGGAAAAGUGUGUUUUUUUCUGUCCUGAGUAACUAUAAAACAUAAAAUACAAUUUUAAAUGUGUAAAAUUAAAGCCAAAAUGUGUUUUCAAAACAUAAAUCUGGGAUAAAGCUGCAUAAAAAUGGGG